AUGUCUGUACCUCAGUCAGAGGUUUUUGUGCGGGCUCUGUCACGCAUGUUUAGCUGGUCGGCAUCCUUUUAUCCACAACCGAUCUACAACUUCCAACGAAAAUCAACGGCCGGCCUGGCAAUCGAUUUCCCAACCGUCAACUUUUUGGGGUUUGGAUGCUACAGUGUAUACACGGGGGCUUUUCUCUACUCGCCGUUGAUCCGUGAUCAGUAUGCAGCACGGUACCCAGCAUCUCCGGAUAAUACUGUGCGGUUCAAUGACUUCGCGUUCGCGGUACAUGCCACCGUCCUGAGCAUCAUCAUAUAUUCACAGUUCUGGCCAUCUAUUUGGGGAUUCUAUGUUUCGCGCUUUCAACGAGUUAGCAAAAUAGUGCUGGCGUUAUUUUGGGGCUGUGUUCUAGCACCCCUGGUACUCAUUUGGGUGGUGUUAUCAUGUAGCCCAGACGGAGGGUAUGACCCUUCGACGUGGGCAUGGAUUGAUGUGAUCUAUACAUUCUCAUAUAUCAAGCUGCUUAUCACGGUGGUCAAGUAUGUGCCUCAGGCAUGGUUGAACUACAAGCGGCAGUCAACGGUGGGCUGGAGCAUCGCCCCAAUGCUGUUUGACUUGGCAGGUGGUGUUCUUUCCCUUGCUCAGCUGGUCUUGGACUCGAGUCUCCAGAGCGACUGGAGUGGGAUCACGGGGAACCCGGUCAAGCUGAUGCUGAGCAACGUCACCAUUUUCUUUGACCUGAUCUUCAUUGUUCAGCACUAUAUCUUGUACCGGGAGUCGGCGGGUCCCAAGGUACAAUCGGAUGACAAUCUGACCACGCCGCUUUUGGCCGAUGCCCAUGCACCUCCCCGUUCGCGUGGAGGAUGA